UCAUUCAAACAUUUAUCAAGGUCAUUGUGCGGAAUUGUGGGAAUAUUUUUUGCUCCCUUUGUCCGAGGAGCUCAAGUGCAAUAAAAACCCAUGGGGUGGGGUUGCUGCUGAAUUGAUUAGCUGCUCCCUCGGUAUUGGCCAGUUUUGGAUAACCGGCAUGAAUGAAUGCAGCGCGGUCAAAAGUCACCCAAAGGUUGUAGGGUCACUUCCAAUGAAAAGAUGAGGGGAGCUGCUUCUCAUCGCCUCGGGAGCUGCGCCGGGACAAAGAUGAGUCGCACACCAUUGAAAAUGUGGCACUUUACGUCUUCCCACCUGACCGUGGCAUCUCUGAGCUCCGUGUGAACGAGGGACGGUGGUGAAUUGACCGACGUCUAGACAAGGAAGACGUAAACAACAUGUUUUGCAAGACGUGAUGCGACACGCCUAGUGUUUGGUUUUCACGCUUUCUUUGCCUUGCGCUCCAAACGACUUUUUUCCUCCAAUUUGCUAUUUGAUUUGUACAAGAAAAGUAAGCUUUCUACAAGUUUGCAUUGCGUAAAACAUCUGGACAUAUCUUACUAUCACUGAAAAUGGAUUUCUAACCAACAACCACAUCAGCUCUUAGCGAGAAAACUGCCCAUUACCUUCUUUAUGAAUGACACCUCUAUAAAUUCUGUCUGGACGCAUCUAACGUUGGAUUUCUCACCGGAAUGUUUGGCUCCGUGCGCACGGGUUGUUGGGACAGUUUGCCACCACGACCCCACGUUUUCUUUGAUGUUUUUACAAUGUUUGUCCAGUUGCUUAGCGCAUGGUGCUGCUUCAUAAAAGUUUCAGACACUGGACGACCGUGGGGGCGGUCAGAGGGGGCUGCCCUUUCCACCUCCAUUCACACUCUGAAAGGCUGAUGUUGCGUCUUUCUUUCUCAUUGUGCAGUUUUCGUUCGCUUAUUUCGCCGUUCUGGGAAUCGACGUGAAUGAGAUUUUGCCUAUUGUUGCGAGAGUUUUGUUUUGAUGAUCAAAACGAAUAUUUUCUGCAGCUCAGUUGCUUUUAAAAAAAUACGUAUUCCUCGGAAUAUACUUUGUUCACUUUAUGUCCAACGCAUGGGAACUCGCUCUGUCCGUUUGGAAUGCUCCAACUUUUCUCUCUCUGCGCGCAGCAAACUGACUCUUAUGUUUAUGCACAAAACGGAUGAGCACCUUUGAAAAUCGACAGUAGUCUUCUUCAUUUUCUUAAGACCUAAAUGAGGAAUGGAAUUACUCGGUGGGCGACUCAUGCAAAAGGGCAACAAUGUAUAAAAUUCCUCUACAGUUCUUGGAGGAUAGACGUCUAAAGAAUACACAUUGGCAUAAUGCGCCCGGCUCCAAUAAACUAGGAUCAGGAUGGAUAUGUGUAUACUUGCUGAUGGUCCUGGUUUGCGAUCUACCCGAGAUUUCUUUGUGUGCAAGUGUGGCAGGAGCCAAAGUUGAACACGAGGGACUUUGUCCCAACAAGCUGAAUUCCAAUCUCUGGGUUGAUGCGCAAAGCACCUGUGAGAGGGAGUGCAACGUCGAUGAGGACUGUGCUGACUUUGAGAAAUGCUGCACCAACGUGUGUGGCCUCAACAGCUGUGUGGCUGCACGUUUCUCUGAUGGCACCCCUGCACAGCCAGAUGGGCAGGGUGGAGGCAAAGGAGACGAUACCCCCACCUCCAUGGCUACCUGCGAGGGCUUUAUCUGCAGCCAGCAAGGAGCAACUUGUGACAUUUGGGAUGGCCAGCCCAUCUGCAAGUGCCAGGACCGAUGUGAGAAGGAGCCCAACUUCACCUGUGCUUCGGAUGGCCUCACCUACUUCAACCGCUGCUACAUGGACGCAGAAGCCUGCAUCCGAGGGGUGACUCUAACGGUGGUCGCCUGUCGUUUCUACCUUGCUGGGCCCCACACUAGUCCACUUCCCCAAGACACUACUGCUAAUCCCACUCCGACAUCCUCCCAGGAGGACCCCAUGCCCCCCACACUGUACUCCAACCCUCACCAUCAGUCCAUCUACGUCGGAGGCACAGUCAGCUUCCACUGUGACAUCAUUGGAGUCCCCAGACCUGAUGUUACAUGGGAGAAACAGAGUGAGCGGCAGGAACGGCUGGUCAUGAGGCCCGACCAGAUGUAUGGUAACGUGGUCAUCACCAACAUCGGACAGCUGGUCAUUUACAACGCCCAGGUGUGGGACACAGGUAUCUACACCUGCAUCGCAAGGAAUUCUGCUGGAGUUCUUCGCGCAGACUACCCGCUGUCUGUCAUCCGCAGGGCCGAUGAUGAUUUCUUUGAAGAUCCUGAGAUGCCCAUGGGGAGACCAUUCUCACCAGCAGACUGCCUGGCUGAAGUAGACCUGAGGGUGUGCAGUGGAGAGCGCCAUGUGGACUGGUAUUAUGACACCAAGCUGGGCUCCUGCAUGGCCUUCAGCAACGGCGGAUGUGACGACAGUCGCAACCGAUUUGAGACUUACGAGGAGUGCAAGGCCUCCUGUCAGAGAGAGGGAAUGGGCAUCUGCUCCUUGCCUGCUGUCCAGGGGCCCUGCAAAUCUUGGGAGGCACGUUGGGCCUGGAAUUCCGUCAUGAAACAGUGCCAAGCCUUCGCCUAUGGUGGCUGCCAUGGGAAUGCCAACAGCUUUCGCACCAAAAAGGAGUGUGAAGCAAACUGCCCACAACCCAAAAGGAGACCUUGUAAGACCUGUCGGGUAAAGGGGAAAAUGGUUCCCAGCUUAUGCCGCAGUGACUUUGCCAUCGUGGGGCGGCUGACAGAGCUGGUGGAGGAUCUGGACUCUGGGUUAGCCCGCUUUAGCUUGGAAGAGGUCCUGAGAGAUGAAAAAAUGGGACUGACUUUCUUCAAUACCAAACACCUAGAGGUGACUAUUGCCAAGAUAGACUGGAGCUGUCCCUGCCCCAACAUCACCAUGGAGGAAAACCCUUUGCUGGUGAUGGGUGUGGUACAGGAUGGCAUAGCCAUCAUCCAAUCAGACAGCUAUGUCAGAGCCAUAACUGAACGCAGACUCAAGAAGCUUCGUGAGGUUUUGGACAAAAAGACCUGCAAGGCAUCAUAA